CUAACAGAUAUGUGCUUUCAGCCGCUUCAACGCAUUUUGAAAGAAUGUUUUGCGGUGGUUUAAGUGAAUCAACAGAAAGCAAAAUCGAGGUUAUGAUAAAAGAUAUUCGACCAGAAGUAUUCCGAGUAUUACUUCGAUGGUUAUAUGGACAACCUUUUGAAGAAGCGACAAAAUCUACUCUACGCAAUCCAGAAGAAUUUAAUAAAACAGACCAAGAAUGUUAUGAAACUUAUUAUUUAUCAUUUCUGAUUAAUAUGUUAAAAGCAACUGAUAUUUACGGUGUUGAAAGACUUAAAGAUGAAGUAGAAGAUAUUAUUAUAACCGGUCCAUUUAUUAGUGUAUGUAACGUAAUCGAAAUUUUAUUAUGGUCAAAAGAAUGUAAAGCAACACAAUUAAAAAAUCAUUGUAAACAAUAUAUCGAAUUAAAUAAGGAACUUGUUAUAGAACAAAGAUUAGAAUUUUGCGCAAAUGCUGCUAGCGAACAAGAAAGACUAGAAGAAUCAGAAAUGUUAAAAUUAUUAUUAUCAGAUAAAUAAUUUAUUUAUUUAUUAAUUCAUUCAUUUUUUUUUAAUAUUUUAAAAUCAAUUGUAUAAAGUUUUAUAUUCUUAGAGAAAUUCGAUUUUAGAUAUUAAGAAAAUGCAUAAUUAAGUUGAAUAUUAAAUUAUAUAAAAAUUUAUAAUUA